GACGCGAUUAGCUCUGCAGCAUGAACUCAGCUUUCUGCUGCACGGUUAACGUUACAUUAGCUACGAACGUUUGAUGCUAGCUAGCAUUUGAUUCUGUGAUUUAACAUUCUCCGAUUACAAAAGUAGAUUUACUUCACAACACAGUAUUUUGUAGAAGACAAGUCUUAGAGCUGUAUAACACGGAAUCGCGCUUUUGGGCGUAUUUCUUCGGCAUUUCUCUGUGCUAGCUAGCUACGGUUAGCGCGUUAGCUAACAUUAACAUCAUGAAUAUUGACAACGUUAAUCAGUCUGUCACAACUGGAGUGUCAUCUACGCCGUCUUCAACUUCAAGUAACUGUAUCGCAAAUGAUAAUGCAGCAACCAACGUUAGCAGCAUCCCUUCGGUCACCAGUAAUGCUUCAGCGGCCAUGGUGACACCGUCAGCAGACACAUCUGUAUCUAACGGUGUCUAUGUCCCUGGUGGCAUCACCAAUGGAGAUGUAAAGCCCGCCUUCUCCACCACCCCCUUGGCAGAUUUCCUCAUGCAGCUGGAAGACUACACUCCCACAAUUCCUGAUGCAGUUACAGGCUACUACCUUAACCGGGCUGGGUUUGAGGCUUCAGAUCCAAGAAUAAUUCGUCUGAUCUCCCUUGCUUCUCAGAAGUUUAUCUCAGACAUUGCCAAUGAUGCGCUUCAGUACUGUAAAAUGAAGGGCACUGCCUCAGGAAGCUCAAGGAGUAAGACCAAGGAUAAGAAGUACACUCUGACUAUGGAGGACCUGUCGCCUGCCCUUUCAGAAUAUGGCGUCAAUGUCAAGAAACCAUAUUACUUUACGUAGAACCUUCUUUAUUUAAGCCUUUUUGCUUUUGCUAGUUUUAAAUUCCCUGCUGACCCACUAGAGUCUGUUGACACCUUUAUUGCUAAAUGUUUUUUUUUGUUAUCAUGGUUCUUUAGUACAGCUUUGACAAAUGUUAGACACUUUGCCAUUUGUUAAUUUUUCGUGGAGCCACCUUUGCAUUAUGUUAAACUGUAAAAUUACGUUUUAUUGUGAAAAUAAAACCCAUACCAAAAAACUUGA